AUGAUUGAUAAUACCUGUUUUACUUUUGUCUUCUAUUUCACUUACCACCUCAACGAUGUGUUCUUUUUUCCCCAGGCUAAGAAGAUAAAAGGUGACAUGUGGGAUAUGUUCUUCGGUGGUCGUUACAUCAUUCUUCUAAUGGGUCUCUUCUCAAUCUAUACCGGUUUCAUUUACAAUGAUAUUUUCUCAAAGGCCACCAAUAUAUUUGGCUCCUCAUGGUAUCCACUGAAUGAUCCCACCGAUGGGCUGCUUAACCCCAUCUCUCAUGCUCAAAACGUGACUGGCAUGUUCGCAGGCUAUCCCUAUCCAUUUGGCAUUGAUCCCGUUUGGCAGGUGUCACAUAACUUAAUUGUGUACACCAACUCCUUGAAGAUGAAAAUGUCUAUCACUGUUGGUGUGAUUCAUAUGCUCUUCGGUAUUAUACUCUCCGCCUUUAAUUACAAAAUGUUUAAGGACCCUCUGUCGAUAUACUGCAGCCUUAUUCCCGAGGUGAUUUUCAUGGUUUCAAUCUUUGGUUACCUCGUAUUUACCAUUUUCUUCAAAUGGAUUGUUUUUGAAACCCCUGACGCUCCUACCGCUCCAAGUCUUCUCUCUACUCUCAUCACCAUGAUGAAGUUUGGCUAUCAAGGUCAGAGUGAAUCACAAAUUCUAUACACUGGUCAAGCCAUAGUUCAGUCUAUUUUGGUUGUCCUCGCUUUGAUCAGUGUUCCAUGGAUGCUUCUUGCUAAGCCUAUUAUUCUCUACCGUCGUCAUAAGGUCCAAAGUACUAUAGGAAAUGGGUCUGGAGACUACGUACCGUUUCGCAAUGAGUCCUCACCUUCACUCGAUAGAUCGUCUGGGACUGGCAAAUCUGCUCAAGGUAACAAUAAUGGUGGUAGUGGCCAUGGGAGUGGUCAUGGUGACUCUGAAGAGUGGAACUUUAGCGAUAUCGUGGUGCAUCAAGUUAUCCAUACUAUUGAGUUCUGUCUCGGGUGUAUUUCCAACACGGCUUCCUACCUCCGUCUCUGGGCUCUGAGUCUUGCCCAUGCUCAACUUUCCGAGGUGCUUUGGAGUAUGGUAAUGUCUAAAGGCUUGCGUGUGGAUGGACACCUUGGUGGUGUGAUACUCGUCUUCGUUUUCGGCUUUUGGGCUUUCCUUACUAUCGCUGUUUUGGUCAUCAUGGAAGGUCUCUCUGCUUUCCUUCAUGCUUUGCGUCUUCACUGGGUUGAGUUCCAGAACAAGUUCUAUGAGGGCUCGGGCUACCCCUUCGAACCCUUUACGUUUGCGAAUAUCGAGAAAGUCGGUACAGAACAGUAG